AUGGAUUUUUCUUCCAAUCAUCACCUUGAUGCUCCUAGCACACUAUCAUCUGAUAACUCCUCUUUGGGCGCAAUUUCAUAUACACACCACCAACGCAAUGGCUCAGGGCACACGACGCUCAAUGCACAAGAAAGCUGCAUUUCAUCUACCAAAACACUUGAAGCAAACGAUGAUGCUUUGCUUCACAAAGUAGAAUUGAAUGACGAUGAAAAGCAUCCACGCAAAUACGAUGACAACGAUGAUAGCACGAUGCAUGCCGAUGAUACCACCAUCACCAAAACCUAUACACCUGAAGAAGAAAAACAACUGGUGCGAAAACUCGACCUUCGUAUCAUUCCACUCUUUUGCGCCUUUUAUUUUGUCGACUUCCUUGAUAGAUCUAAUAUUGGCAAUGCAACGAUUGCUGGUUUACAAAAAGACCUUGAUAUGACGGGCCCCCAAUUAAGCACUGCCAUUUCAGCCUUUUUCAUCACGUUUAUCUUAUUCCAAGUCCCAUCCAACAUUGUAAUUAAACGACUUGGUGCACGUUGGUGGCUAUCCAUUAUCAUGUUGACGUGGGGGCUAGUAACAUUAUCGAUGGCUUUGGCCAAUAAUUUUGCAAGUCUAUUGAUUGCUCGCUUGCUUUUAGGAGCGGCCGAAAGUGGUUUUGCACCAGGUAUCCUUUACCAAAUGUCACGUAUCUACAAGCCCCAGGAACUCGGAUUUCGUGUAGCCAUCAUGCUUUGCAUGGCUGCCAUUUCAGGCAUCGUUUCAGGUCCACUCGCUUAUGCAUCCACCAGCAUGGAAGGUGUAUUAGGCUUGCAUGGGUGGCAGUAUUUGUUUAUCUUGGAAGGUGCACCCACCGUAUUAUUGGCGCUCCUGGGAUUUUACCUUAUUUUCGAUAAUGUCGAUGAUGUAAAAUGGCUCACAGCUGAGCAAAAAGCUGUUCAAAAAGCACGCAUGCUGGAAGUGAUGGAAGAGAAUAGCAAGGAUCCCAUCACCUGGAAGACAAUACGUACAGUACUUCUCGAUUACAAAACGUGGCUAUUCUCGGUUGUUUUCAUGUUGACUUCUAUCAACCUUACAAGUCUCAAUGUAUUUGGACCCGUGCUCAUUGAUGGGUUUGGUUUCCCAGUAUUACAAGCACAAUUGCUCACCACACCCCCUUGUGUCGUUGCUGCUGUGGCUGUUCUCGUUUGCGGAUUUGUCGUCGACCGGCUAAAAAACCAACGUACUCUACUUGUAUCCUCGGGAUCAAGCGUUGUUGCUAUUGGAUACUUAAUGCUCCUGCUACAACAAGGGCGAUGGUUUUCCUAUGCAGGUACCUUUGUCAUAGCAACCGGCGUUGGCAUGGAAGCUCCAAUUGGUGUCAGCUGGAGUGCUAUCAAUUAUCAUGAUCUUACUGUACGAGCUGUGGGAGUAGCCAUUGUCAACAUGAUGGGAAAUCUCGGUAGCGUAGGUGCAUCGUUUUUAUACACGAUACCCGGUGAUCCAAAUCAUGUAUUUGGUAAUAGCUUCAACCUCACUUGUGGCGUGCUCUGUGCAAUCAUAUCGGCAUUGACAGGGCUUCUUUUACGGCGACAAAACAAACAUAGAGAACCACAUCUCAAAUACUUUUACUAG